AAUAUAAAAAAUAAUGUAAAUUUUUUCCUUAGCUUUGUGUGGGAGGAUUCUCAUAACAGCAGCACACCAACAGACAAGCCCAGACUGCUCGCUGUUAGUGAAAAUAAUGAGUUGCUCAUCUAUGAAUUUAAUUUGAAAGAUGGAAGAUGUGAUGGAACCAUUUUGUAUAACUGUAGUGAGGAGGCUUUGCAAAAGCUCAUUGAAGAUCAAAAUAUCAGUAUUUCCUUAUUAACUUUGAGAAUUCUGUCAUUUCACAAUAACACAUCAUUAUUGCUCAUCAACAAAUGUAUCAUCCUGCACAUCAUGUUUCCUGGAAGCGAUGCCGAGAUGAGAGUACUCAACUAUUGCACAUUAUGCUUGCCUGCACAGGCUGUGGACAGUAUUAUUGACAUGCAGCUCUGCAGAGGAAUUCUUUUUGUUUUGAGUAGUUUAGGCUGGAUCUACAUUUUCGACAUUGUGGGUGGUACACGUGUAGCUCAUGUGGAUUUAGCACUUCACCAAGAAGACAUGUGUGAUGAGCAGCAACAGGAGCCAGCCAAGAUUUCUUCCUUUACUUCACUGAAAGUGUCUCAAGACCUAGAUGUUGUUGUGAUUGUCAGCUCCUCCAGCUCUGCAAUUGCUCUUAACUUGAAUUUGUAUUUCAGGCAACACCCAGGACACCUAUUUUGUGAAAAAACUCUAGAAGAUAUCCCUAUUGAAGGUCCUAAGGGGAUAGACGAAGACGAUCCUGUGAAUUCUGACUACAACAUGAAACUGACCAAGUUUUCCUUCCAAGUUGAUAGGUCUUGGAAAGCCCAGCUAUUAUCAUUGAAUGAAACAAUAAAGAGCUCCACAAUGGAGGUUUCCCACUGUGCCCCAUGGUUCCAGGAUAUUUUGCAUUUGGAGUACCCUGACUCUAAUCACCAUUGCACCAAUGUGCCAGGUUGGGCCUUCAUUCCACAGGACAUAAUGCACACUCAGCAUAGUUUUCCUCAGAAAAGUCAUGCCAAGACCAGUGAUCCAGGAAGAGCAUGGAAAAUAAUGCACAUCAGCGAACAAGAGGAACCCAUCGAGCUUAGAUGUGUGUCUGUGACUGGAUUCACUGCCCUGUUUGCCUGGACAGUAGGAAAGAUGGGCUGUACCAUUGUCCUUUGGGAUUUGGAGAUCGAGGGCAUACAGUGCUUUUCCCUUGGCAAAAGGUGUAUUCCUAUAGAUAACAGUGGAGACCAGCAACUGUGCCUUGUUUUGACAGAAAAUGGACUCUCUCUGAUUUUGUUUGGUUUGACCCAAGAGGAGUUUUUAAAUAGACUAAUGAUCCAUGGAAGUGCCAGCACUGUGGACACUCUCUGCCAUCUCAAUGAUUGGGGCAGGUGCUCAAUCCCCAUACAUGCACUAGAGGCAGGAAUAGAAAAUCGUCAGCUGGACACAGUAGAUUUCUUUUUGAAGAGCAAGGAAAACCUUUUGAAUCCAUCCCCCAAAUCUUCUGUACCUGAUCAGUUUGAUCACUUUCCAUCACAAUUAUAUUUAAGAAAUGUGGAAGAGCUGACACCAGCAUUGGAUUUACUUUGCUCAGCAAUUAGAGAAAGUAAUUCUGAAACCCAAAGCAAAAACUUUUCAGAACAAUUACUUAAUCUUACACUGUCCUUCCUUAACAAGCAAAUAAAGGAGCUUUUUAUUCACAGUGAAGAGUUAGAUGAACAUCUACAGAAAGGAGUGAACAUUUUGACCAGCUACAUUAAUGAACUUAGAACCUUCAUGAUAAAGUUUCCUUGGAAGCUAACAGAUGCUGUAGAUGAAUAUGAUGUAAAUGAAAAUGUCCCCAAAGUAAAGGAGAGCACUAUAUGGGAGAAACUCAGCAUUGAGGAAGUUAUUGCCAAUGCCAUUUUAAACAACAAAAUACCAGAGGCACAAACUUUCUUCAGGAUUAACAGUCACUCUGCUCAAAGACUCGAAGAGCUGAUUAAAAUAGGCCUCGAUUUGGUCUUUGACAAUUUGAAAAAGAACAAUGUAAAGGAAGCCUCUGAACUUUUAAAGAAUAUGGGCUUUGAUGUAAAAGACCAGUUGCUCAAGAUAUGCUUCUAUACAACUGAUAAAAAUAUACGGGACUUUUUGGUUGAAAUUUUAAAAGAAAAAAAUUCUUUUUCUGAAAAAGAGAAAAGAACUAUAGACUUGGUGCAUCAAGUUGAGAAGUUUUAUUCAGAACAUUUGCAAGAAAAUAUGCAGAUCCAGUCCUUUCCCAGGUAUUGGGUAAUGGAGCAAGACUUUUUCAAGCACAAGUCUGUUUUGGACUCAUUCCUGAAAUACGAUCAUAAAGAUAAACUUAAUAAACAGAACCACAGAAUUGCAUUAAAUUGGGCUCAGUGGUGGAACCAACUAACACAAGAAUCUAUCCUCCUUCCCAGGAUAAAUCCAGAAGAAUAUAAAUCAUAUUCCCCUGAAGCCCUCUGGAGAUACCUCACAGCUCGCCAUGAUUGGCUAAGCAUUACCUCGUGGAUUGGAGAAUUUCAAACCCAGAAUAGUUAUUCUUCACUUCAGCAGAACAAAUGGCCUCCUCUGACUAUUGAUGUUAUUGAUCAGAGUACUUGCUGCAACAACAACAUGAGGAAUAAAAUUUUAGAUGAGCUGGCCAGGAAUGGGAUUUUUCUUAUAUCUGAACUAGAAGACUUUGAACUCUUCCUCCUAAGACUGAACCGCAUUGGGGGUGUGAUGCAAGAUACCCUCCCUGUUCAAAACUACAGGUCCAAAGAAGGUUGGGAUUUCCAUUCUCACUUCAUUCUUUAUUGUUUGGAACACAGCCUGCAGUAUCUUCUUUAUGUCUAUCUCGACUGUUACAAGCUUAGUCCUCCAAAUUGUUCCUUUUUGGGAAAAAAAGAAUUACAUGAAACUCACCCCUGGUUUGAAUUUUUAGUUCAGUGUCGAGAAGUUUCUAGUAACUUAACAGAUCCUAAACUGAUCUUCCAGGCUAGCCUUGCGAAUGCUCAAAUACUGAUUCCCAGCAACCAGGCCAGCGUAAGCAGUAUGCUGUUGGAAGGACAUACCCUCCUGGCCCUUGCUACCACAAUGUAUGCUCCUGGUGGUGUCAGCCAGGUUGUUCAGAAUGAAGAAAAUGAGAACUGUUUGAAAAAAGUAGAUCCCCAGCUACUGAAGAUGGCAUUAACUCCUUAUCCAAAGCUAAAAACUGCUCUCUUCCCGCAGUACACUGCCCCUAGUGUCCUACCACCGGAUAUUACACUCUACCACCUUAUUCAGUCAUUAUUGCCCUUUGAUCCUAGCAGAUUGUUUGGCUGGCAGUCUGCCAACACACUGGCUAUAGGAGAUGUAUCGAGUCAUCUCCCACAUUUCUCUAGCCCUGAUCUGGUUAAUAAAUAUGCUAUAGUGGAACGUCUGAAUUUUGCUUAUUAUUUAUAUCAUGGACGGCCAUCAUUUGCAUUUGGUACUUUUCUGGUCCAGGAAUUAACUAAGAGCAAGACCCCCAAGCAGCUGAUCCAGCAAGUAGGCAAUGAAGCCUAUGUUUUAGGCCUCUCUUCCUUCCACAUACCUUCAAUAGGAGCGGCCUGUGUUUGUUUCUUAGAAUUGCUUGGGCUCGACAGCCUCCGGCUCAGAGUUGAUAUGAAAGUGGCCAAUAUAAUUCUGAGCUACAGGUGUGCAAAUGAAGAUGCUCAGUACAGCUUUAUCAGAGAGUCUCUAGCUGAAAAGCUGUCUAAACUGGCCGGGGGUGAAAAAGCAACCACAGAAGAAUUGCUUGUUUUCUUAGAGGAAGCCAUAUGGAACAGUAUUCAACAACAGGAAAUAAAGAGGUUAUACAGCGAAUCUAGCAUCCAGUGGGCAUUGGUGGUACAGUUCUGCAGGCUCCAUAAUAUAAAACUGAGCACGUCUUACCUUAGAGAAUGUGCCAAAGCAAAUGAUUGGUUACAGUUCAUUAUUCACAGCCAGCUCCAUAAUUACCACCCAGAUGAGGUGAAAUCUCUUCUCCAGUAUUUCAGCCCUGUCCUUCAAGACCACUUAAGGCUAGCUUUUGAGAACUUGCCCUCAGUGGCCAACUCCAGAAUGGAUAGUGAUCAAGUCUGCAACAAGUCCCCCCAGGAACUCCAGAAAAGCAAAGAAGAGAGAACUGAUUUCUUCGAAAUUCUGCUCCGGUGCUCAGAGGAGCCAAACUCCUGGUGCUGGCUCCUGGCUGAAGCAGUGAAACAACAGUCCCCUAUUCUUAGUGUCCUAGCCUCAUGUCUGCAGGAUGCCAGUGCUAUUUCUUGUCUCUGUGUUUGGAUCAUCGCUUCUGUGGAGGACAGUAUUGCAGCUGAAGCAAUGGGACACAUUCAGGACUCAUUGGAGGGCCAUACAUGGGACCUUGAGGACUUCUCAGUCAUCUGGAGAACAUUAUUAACAAGGCAGAAGAGCAAAACUCUCAUCAGAGGUUUCCAGCUUUUCUUUAAGGAUUCCCCAUUACUACUGAUGUUGGAGAUGUAUGAACUCUGUAUGUUCUUCAAGAAUUAUAAGGAAGCCAAAGCUAAACUACUGGAGUUCCAGAAGAGCCUUGAAACUCUUGAAACAGCAGCCAUAAAGGUCCACGCUGCCAUCCCUGUCCCAUGGCUGAAGGAGCAGGUGUGUUUUCUUUUGAAGCUUAUGCUGCAGCAGAGCAGGACCCAGUACGAGCUGGGAAAGCUUUUACAGCUGUUUGUUGGGAUAGAGCAUCUCUUCUCUGAGGGUAAGACAGUCCUUACAGUUAAGUUGCUGUUAAGAAAUGGACAGUUUGCUUUGGCUAAGAGGGUAGCAGAAUUAGCUGAGUUACCUGUGGACAACUUGGUUAUUGAAGAGGUAACACAGGAAAUGCAGACCUUAAAACACAUUGACCAGUGGUCCCUGAAACAAACAAGAAUUGACUUCUGGAAAAAAUGCCAUGAGAAUUUUAAGAAAAAUUCCAUUUCAAGCAAAGCAGCUUCUUCCUUCUUCUCAGCCCAGGCCCUUGUGGCGCGUGAGUACCCUACUGAGGAGGGACAGAGCAGCGCCGAGGAGUGCCAGCUGCUGCUCACCCUGGCAGGACAUUGGCUUGCUCAGGAGGACCUGGUCCCGCUGGAGGAGCUGGAGGAGCUGGAGAAGCAGAUCUGGCUCUGCCGUAUCACCCAGCACACCCUCAGAGGAAACCAGGAGGAAAGAGAACCCACAUUUUCUCAGCAGAUCUCAGCUAGUGGUGAACUUUCCUUUGACAGCUUAGCCAGUGAGUUUUCAUUCUCCAAGUUGGCUGCCCUGAACACAUCAAAAUAUUUAGAACUUAAUGGCCUUCCAUCCAAAGAGACUUGUGAGAACAGACUAGAUUGGAAGGAGCAGGAGUCACUAAACUUUUUGAUUGGGCGCCUGUUGGAUGAUGGCUGUGUGCAUGAAGCCAGUAGAGUAUGCCGGUACUUUCACUUCUAUAACCAAGAUGUUGCCUUGGUACUGCACUGCAGAGCACUGGCUUCAGGGGAAGCUACUGUGGAUGACCUACGGCCAGAGAUCCAUGCUCUCCUACAAAGUGCUGAGCUGCUGGAGGAAGAAAAAGAACCUUGCAUUCCUCUAAGGAAAGUCUCAAGCACUUCAAGUUUGGAGAGUCAGUCAUUUGUGAUGCUGCCCCCCAGUGAUGAAAUGGUGACUAAUCUGGAAACUCUGACACACAAAUGCCUCCAUGGGAAGAGCUACUGCCGACGGGUCCUCUGUCUGUAUGAACUUUCCAAGGAGUUGGGCUGUUCCUACGCAGAUGUUGCUGCUCAGGACGGUGAGGCCAUACUCCGAGCAAUCUUGGCCUCUCCACAGUCUGACCGAUGCAAGCGAGCCCAAGCCUUCAUCAGCACUCAGGGCCUGGAGCCAGAGAGGGUGGCUGACCUUGUGGCCGAAGAGGUGACUCGGGAGCUACUGUCCCCAUCAGAGGGAGCAGGACAGAAGCAGAUGGUCACCCCAGCAGAAGAAAGCCAGGCAUUUCUUCGGCUAACCACUUUGUGUCAAGACCGCACCUUGGUAGGCAUAAAGUUAUUGGAAAAGAUUUCCUCCGUUCCCCAUGGGGAAUUGUCCUGCACCACAGAGCUGCUGAUUCUGGCCCAUCACUGCUUCACGCUGACAUGCCACAUGGAGGGCAUCAUCCGAGUUCUACAGGCCGCUCGGCUGCUCACAGACAACCACUUGGCCCCCAACGAGGAGUAUGGGCUGGUGGUGCGUCUCCUCACUGGCAUUGGAAGGUACAAUGAGAUGACAUACAUUUUUGAAUUGCUGCAUAGAAAGCACUACUUCGAAGUGCUGAUGAGGAAGAAGUUGGAUCCGAGUGGUACCCUGAAGACAGCCCUACUUGACUACAUCAAACGCUGCCGCCCUGGGGACAGUGAGAAGCACAACAUGAUUGCCCUGUGCUUCAGCAUGUGCAGGGAAAUCGGGGAGAACCAUGAGGCAGCUGCCUGCAUCCAGCUGAAACUGAUUGAGUCUCAGCCCUGGGAGGACAGUAUCAAGAAUGGGCACCAACUGAAGCAGCUGCUACUGAAGGCCCUGACUCUCAUGCUGGAUGCCGCCGAGAGUUAUGCAAAGGAUUCCUGUGUGCGACAGGCCCUGCACUGUCGCAGGCUCACCAAGUUGCUGACACUGCAGAUUCACUUUCUGAACAAUGGCCAAAACACAAUGCUUAUCAACCUAGGUCGCCACAGGCUGAUGGACUGCAUCAUGUCCCUACCUCGGUUCUACCAGGCUUCUAUUGUGGCUGAGGCCUAUGACUUUGUUCCUGAUUGGGCUGAAAUUCUAUACCAACAUGUGAUUCUUAAAGGAAACUUUCAUUACUUGGAAGAAUUUAAGCAGCAAAGGUUAUUAAGAACCAGUAUAUUUGAAGAGAUUUCAAAAAAAUAUAAACAACACCAGCCUACUGAUACAGCUGUGAAAAACCUGAAGAAGUUACUCACAUAUUGUGAAGAUAUCUACUUGUAUUAUAAGCUGGCAUACGAACACAAACUUUAUGAUGUUGUGAAUAUGCUUCUGAAGGACCCUCAGACAGGCUGCUGUCUAAAGGACAUGCUAGCAGGUUAGAUGGGUUCUCAUACAGGUGCCUGUUUUCUUAUACUGCAACGAGGUACCGUCAGAUGUUUGUGAUUACAGUAGAAUAAUGCAUUGGGAGCUUUGUUGUCCAAGUUAUAAAAUCCAGAACUGAUCAUACCAGUCCUCUGUGGGUCAAGAAUGAGAGAGUUUUCACAAGGAAAUUACUAUUUUAAAAGUGAUGUUUCUCUGUACCAUUUUAUAUAGAUACUGGUAUUAAGUUCAAAACUCCCAUCUUCCUCAGGAUGGCUUUUACUUUAGGACAUGAUAUAAUAUUGAUUAAAGAAUACCUGUGCCUGCAGAUUCCAGUUUCAAAGGAAUUUAAUAUUAUUUACACAGUUAAGGAACAGAUGAUACAUUUCCAUUAGUUAGAAACUGAUCUCUAUAAUAAAAUAGAUUUUAAAUUCA